CGUGUGUGUGUGAGUGAGCCCAUUGUAACCCCGUGAUUGACGCAGCCAAUCAGCUGCCGCCGCGUCGCGCCGCUAACGACUCAUUACCAAAAGCUUUUCUCGUCCAGAUUAUUUGAGAUCGGCGCCGUGGAGAAGGAGAAGGCCGCCGCCAAAGCCGACAGCGGCGCAGCAGCACGGCGGCGGCGGCGGCGUCCUGGCGGCCUUGGGGAUCCCUUCGAAACGACCCCGCCGCCGUGGCCGCCACCCGCCACCCGCCGUCCGUCAGUCCGCCCCUGGGCUCGGUCUCGCGUCAGCUGUCAACUCAACUCUGUUCCACACCGCAUACAUCGCGAUUUGGUUGAUUUACCGUUUCUCGUGUUCGUGUUUUGCAAUUUUCAUUGUGUCGCUUUGCGUGGUUUACAUCACGAGGUGUGUGACAUAUUUGUGACGUUCGUGCGCGUUCGAGUGAUUUCGAAUGAAUGUGACGUGUGACGAGUGGCGUUGUGAACGUUCUCUAACCUCCACUCGACCCCGUAAGUCCGUUAUAUUUAUCUCACUUCCGAUUAAAGGGACUGCGGUGCGAUAGAGACAGAGACAGUUGCAGUUGCUCGAAACUUUAACCCUGGUUCUAACCUCCAAGAGGACGCCAAACGGAUCCAUCAUGAUCAACAAGUGCGACGGCUGUCUGCUGCAAGGUGCUGCUGUGGCUGUGCUCGGGUGCCUCGAGGAUGAAGUCAUCCGGUCGUGAACCAGCAUUCUACUCUUCAACGAACCCGCCAGCGCGAUGUCAGCCCUGAAGAGACUUGAGCACCACAAUCCCUCAGAAGAAAAACCGUUCGAUUGCACGUUGUGCAGUAAGAAGUUCUCUGAUGCCGGCGGUCUACGUCAGCACAUGCGUGCACACACUGGAGAGAAACCCCUCGAUUGCACAUUCUGCGACAAGAAGUUCGCUACAUCAUUUGAAUUGCAUUUACACCUGCGGACCCAUACAGGGGAGAAACCCUUCGACUGUAGCAUGUGCGACAAAAAGUUCUCUUGUCAGGGCAAUCUACGUGUGCACUUGCGUACACACACUGGAGAGAAACCGUUCGAGUGCACCAUGUGCCCCAAGAAGUUUCGUCUAUUUGCUCAUUUGCAGGGCCACCAGCGCACGCACACGGGAGAGAAACCAUUCGAGUGCAGCGUGUGCGGAAAGAAGUUUACUGUGAAGAUCCAGAUGACACAGCACUUCCGGCGCGACCACGAAGGAUACAAACCGAACAAGCCUUUCGACUGCACUUUCUGCGACAAGAAGUUUGCAGGAGCCGGCGCACUCAAGCGACAUCUGAACACACACACGGGUGAGAGACCCUUUGAGUGCAAAUUAUGUGACAAGAAGUUCAAGUGCUCUAGUAAUUUGAGGAGUCACGAACUCUUUCAUACAGAAGACAAACCCUUCGAGUGCACCGCUUGCAGCAAAGCGUUUCGAACGGCAGGAGAACUCCGUUCGCAUUUGGUCACUCACACCAAAGAGAGGAACUUCGAGUGCCCGUUGUGCCACAAGUGGUUCACAACGUCUGGUUCUCUGAAAAUUCACAAUCUAACCCACACGGGAGAGAAGCCAUUUGCGUGCACACUGUGUGACAAGAAGCUCAGAUCAUCGUCUUCGUUGCGUAGACAUCUACUUGCCCACACCGGAGAGCGGUCCUGUGCGUGCACCCUCUGUGACAAGAAGUUCUGCACACCAUCCGCCUUGCGCAACCACUACAUGCGAAUCCACACUGAAGAAAAACCCUUCGAGUGUGCCGUCUGCCAGAAGAACUUCUGUACUUCUGUCGAUUUGCGUUUACACCUGCGAUCCCACACGGGAGAAAAACCAUACGAGUGUACUGUAUGUGGGAAAAAGUUCUCUACGUCUAGCAGUCUACGCGCGCACUUCGUGUGUUUCCACUCAGUGGAAACAGAAUUCCAAUGUACCCUGUGUGACAAGAUUUUUAAUUCUGACGAAGCAUUGCGAGGACAUCUGUGCACUCACUCUGGAGAGAGGUCUAGGGGCGACAAUGAAGAGGGGUCCUCCAGCGCAUCGAGUAUGCACCUGCACACCGACACUAGACCAUUCAGGUGCACCCUGUGCGACAAGAAGUACGAACACCGAGCGGCGUUGUACAGCCACCUUUUCAUCCACCUACGACAGCGGCCCCGCAAGUCCUGUAAGUGCACCCUCUGUGACAAGACGUUCUCCAGAGAGGACUCGUUGCGCUGCCACAUGCGAACCCACACUGGAGAAAAACCCUUCGAGUGUACCGUCUGCCAUAAGAAGUUGACUACUUCUAACUCAUUGCGUUCUCACCUGCGGACGCACACGGGAGAGAGACCGUACGAGUGUAAUGUCUGUGGCAAAAGGUUUGCUGCUUCAUGCACACAUCGUGCACACUUGAAAAUCCAUACGGGGGAGAAGACAGAGAAGCCAUUUGGGUGUUCACUGUGCGACAAAAAGUUCCCAAACACCUAUCGGCUGCGUCUGCACUGGAUAAGUCACACGGGAUACGUUUACAAACCACACAAGUGCACCAUGUGUGACAAAACGUUCUCAACUGUUGGCAAUAUGCGUCAGCACCUGCGAACGCACACUGGGGAGAAGCCAUUUGAAUGCUCUUUGUGCCACAUGAAGUUCUCUUUAUCUCCAAACUUGAAGCGGCACAUUCUUGUGGUACACCAAGGAGAGAAAUGAUUCGAGUGUGCCAAAUGGAAAAAGAAGUACUCUUUAUCUUCAAUUCAGAAGGACCAUCAAAGGAGGCACACGGGAGACAGACGCUUUGGGUGUACUUUGUGCCAUGAAAAGUUUGUAAUGUACUGCGUAAGCACCUGCUUUGCACCCAGUCUAACUGUAGCGCCUUAAGUUUGAUACUAUUACCAUGAAAAUAAUUUACCUACUCGAAUUUAGUUGUCUUAAGCCCAUGACAGGUGCGAUCUUUCAUAUGUAAACUACAUGUAUCCUUUUGUUUCAUGCUUUCUUAUUACGGUUCAUUAUAGUGAUCUUAGUGUUCGUUGCAGAAUAAAGCUUUACAGUCACACUGAAACAUAUGUGAAUUAUUGUUAUUACAAGGGGGAAU